CUACUGCUUGCUAUUUCUACUAUCAAAAAAUGGCAUACUUUGCAAUUAGAUAUUAACAAUGCCUUUCUUAAUGGCGACCUCAAUGAAGAGGUGUACAUGACUCUACCUAAAGGACUAAAUCUAUCUACUUCUCUAAAUGCAGGUUCUAAUUUGGUCUGUAAACUGCAUAAGUCCCUGUAUGGCCUCAAGCAAUCAUCCAGACAGUGGUACAAAAAGCUCUCGGAUGCCUUGUUACAAGAAGGUUUCACUCAAUCUUUGGCCGAUUAUACUCUGUUCACAAGAGGAUCUGAAGACUCUUUUAUUGCACUACUUGUGUAUGUUGACGACAUCAUCAUCACUGGUCCCAACAUCACAGUCUUACACUCACUACAAAACUCCCUGCACCAGAAAUUCAAGCUUAAGGCACUUGGCAACCUUCAAUACUUUCUAGGCUUUGAAAUAGCCAGAAAACAAGACAACUUAUUCCUCUCUCAGCGAAAGUACACCUUACAAUUACUUGAAGAUACUGGCUAUACAGGGAGCAAGCCUAGCAAAACACCCAUGGAUCCUAAGCUCAAAUUAAAUAAUGAAGAUGGGGAACUCAUUGCCAAUCCUUCUCAGUAUCGCCAACUCAUUGGCCGCUUGCUCUAUCUCACCUUGUCUCGUCCAGACAUUACCUAUGUAGUCAAUCAUUUGAGUCAAUUCAUGUCUGCUCCUCGUUCACCUCACUUACAAGCCAUUCACCAUCUACUUCGGUAUCUUAAGGGAACACCGGGUCAAGGCCUUCUAUACUCUGCAUCUUCUACUCUGCAAUUACGAGGAUUCUCAGACUCCGAUUGGGCUUCCUGCCCAAUCACUCGAAGAUCAACAACAGGCUUCUGUAUUUUUUUGGGCGAUUGCCUCAUCUCAUGGAGAACCAAGAAACAGCCCACCAUAUCUAAAAGCUCAGCUGAAGCCGAAUAUCGAGCAUUAGCAUCUACAACCAGUGAAGUUACUUGGCUUCAAUACCUUCUCAAAGAUUUCCAUAUUCCUCAACCGCAUCCUUCCUUCAUUUACUGUGACAAUCAAUCCGCCAUCCACAUAGCUAAUAACCCCACUUUUCACGAACGAACUAAACACAUAGAGUUGGACUGUCAUUUCAUUCGGGAUAAGAUCAAGACAUCUCAGAUCAGACUCAUACCUAUAUCCAGCACCUUACAACUAGCAGAUGCCUUUACGAAGCCCUUGACUUCACCAGUUCUCAACUCUCACAUCUCCAAAAUGUCUGUAUACAACAUAUACAGUCCAUCUUGA